GUUUUUUUUAACUUUGUCAGAAUUUCUAAUUUAUUUAGUAAAAUGAUCAAAAGGCUGACCAGCUUUUUGUCUUCAUUUUUAAGGGCUCUGUGAAUGAUUGACAAGCUUAGCAAAUGUUUCCACCCACUUUCCAGCCAAUCACAACACAGGGGGCGGGACUUCACGCUAAUCUUAACAAAAUGGCGACUGUUGUUGUUUCAGCGCAGCGCCAGUGAAUAAAUCUGUUAGUCAUUUCAGAAUAUUUCUGCACUCAUUUGCAGAAAACACUACAAACAAAUAGUCCAAGUACCACGAGGUUCGACUCCUCCAGGGCUGAAAUGAAAGGUAAAGAGCGGUCGCCGAUUAAAAAACGUUCCCGGGCCUUGGACGAUAUUCGAGACAGGGGAGGAUGCCACCCGACCAGUAAGAAAAUGGGGGCUCUGUCGGUUUCCAGUGGGAGUAAUAAUGGAAACAGUUCGACCAAAAGCGACGGAGGCUCUACGAGACGGAGUCUGCUUGGUGACAAAAGAGACAGAGACUUUGACGGUCACAGCCGGACUGGAAAUAACCAUGGCUGUCUCCCCUCUGCUGUGGGUAAAAACCACAGCCUGAGCCUGACACUGGACUCAUCUUCACCGAGGUCCGCUUCACGGGUGGAGCAGCGAAUUCAGCCUCCCAGCGCCGAGAGUGAGUACAAAACACUUAAAAUCAGCGACCUCGGCACUCAGCUAAGCGACGAGGACGUAGAGGACGGACUUUUUCACGAGUUUAAAAAAUUCGGCGACGUCAGCGUCAAAAUAAGCCGCAGCAACGACGAGCGAGUAGCGUUUGUAAACUUCAGGAAGCCGGAGGACGCCAGGGCCGCCAAACACGCCAGAGGCCGGCUUGUGCUGUACGACCGGCCGCUGAAGAUCGAGGCGGUCUACAUAAACCGGAGGAGAAGCCGCUCCCCCGUGGAGAGGGACUUGUACGGAGCAGCUCCGAGUCACAGACACUUGCAGAGACCCCUCUCCCCCACCGGGCUCGGAUACAGGGACUACCGGCUGCAGCAGCUGGCGCUGGGUCGGCUGCCCCCUCCCCCGCCACCCCCUCUGCCCAGAGAGCUGGAGCGGGACAGGGAGUUCGCCCUGUUUGAAGCCAGGGCUCGUCCAGCUUUUAUUGCAGAGCGUGCUGCUUUUCGGGAAGAGGAUUUCAUAUCUCAAGAAGAUGACCAAAGAGCCAACAGGACGUUGUUUUUAGGCAACCUGGACACAAGUGUUACAGAAGUAGACCUGAGGAGGCUCUUUGACAGGUUUGGGGUCAUCACAGAAGUGGACAUUAAGAGACCCACACGAGGACAAACCAGCACUUAUGGGUUUCUGAAAUUUGAGAACCUCGACAUGGCUCAUCGUGCCAAACUUAGCAUGUCUGGCAAAACAGUGGGCCGCAACUCCAUAAAGAUAGGUUAUGGAAAAGCCAUGCCCACUACACGUUUAUGGGUGGGCGGUCUGGGGCCCUGGGUUCCUUUAGCUGCCUUAGCCAGAGAGUUUGAUCGCUUUGGCACCAUCAGGACCAUAGACUACAGAAAAGGGGACAAUUGGGCUUAUAUUCAGUAUGAAAGUUUAGAUGCUGCACAAGCAGCUUGGACACAUAUGAGGGGCUUCCCACUAGGUGGACCAGAGAGACGACUCAGAGUAGACUUCGCAGACACUGAGCAUCAUUACCAGCAGCAGUUCCUGCAGCCUCUGCCCAUACUGCCGUUUGACAUGGUGGCAGAGACCUUUGUCCACCGCGCAACGCCUGAACCACUUCGAGUCAGAGAUCGGACUCCACCUCCGCUUCACUUCAGAGACAGAGAGCUCUUUCCUGGAACAGAGUGGCCGAACCCAGCCAUCCGUGAACGAGUCCGGGCCUCACCCUUCGAGCCCCUGGAGCAUUUGGACCGGGAGCGGCGAACUCGGGAGCCUUGGUCUUUGGAGCGAGAGGUUCAGGGACGUGAACCAGCACGCAAACGGCGCGUAAUGGAGGACGGGCGUCACCUGGACCUCUCGCCUGACAGCACUGAGAGGACAGUACGACGGAGACGGGCGUCUCCAGACGGCAGUCCCGGAGGCAGCAGCAGAGACGGUGGGCGCUUCAGUGAUACAGAGCGCCCGGUGCGGGGCGAGAGAGCCUCCCCAGCCAGAGAACGACACAGCAGUUUGGAAAAGGGGCUGGCUGAGAGGAGGCUCAAAAGUCAAAGUCUCUCAGAAAAAGGACCAAGUAGCACCGUUUCAGCUGGUGGAGAGCGCAAACGAAAAUUAGGCGACGGUGGCAAAGGACCCGCUAAGAGAGAACGCUCUGAAAGCAAUUCCAAGAGCGGUCAGGCAACCAAGUCGGACGGAACCAGACUCAGUUUAGCUUGGCAUGGCAUGCUGCUCCUGAAGAACAGCAACUUCCCGGCCAACAUGCACCUGUUGGAGGGCGACCACAACGUAGCCAACGACCUGCUCGUCGACAGCACCACGGGAAGGCAGGUGAGCGAGCUGAAGAUCACGCAGCGCCUCCGUCUGGACCAGCCCAAGCUGGAUGAAGUGUCCCGGCGUAUCAAGGUGGCGGGCCCCAGCGGCUACGCCGUCCUGCUAGCAGUUCCUGGAAGCACCGAGGACACGUCGUCUUCUGACUCUGCAGCCUCAACCCAGCGGCCGCUACGCAACCUGGUCUCCUACCUCAAUCAAAAACAAGCAGCCGGAGUCAUCAGCCUGCCUGUGGGAGGGAGCAGAGAUAAAGACAACACGGGGGUUCUUCAUGCGUUCCCCCCCUGUGAUUUCUCCCAGCAGUUUUUGGAUUCCUCUGCUAAAGCUCUGGCAAAAAGCAAAGAUGACUAUCUGGUCAUGAUUGUGGUUCGUGGUGCAUCAUAAGAAAAAAAACAAAACAAAAAAAAACAUGCAUUAAGAUCGAGUGGAAUAAAAAAAAUCUACUGUAUGUCAGUAAAUAUUGCAUGCUGUGUGUUCUGCAUCUUGGGGUACAGUAGUAUGAUGUGAGUGUUUGUAUGUCGCCACAAAAUCCACUAAAGAAAGAAACAACACUCCUGUCGAACUGAAAAGGUUGAGUUAUUAUUUUUUAAACAUUACUCUUUUAGUAGGUGAACGGGUUAAAUUACAGUUACAAACCUGUAAUUUAACCUUCUGUAAAAAUAUUUUUUUUAGCUCAGAGUCAUUAGUUUAAAUUCAGUUUUUUGAGCCGAUUUAACUGUAUUUAUAACUUUAAAAUGUUACAUUUCCCAAUUAAGGUCAAAGGUGAGACUUUCAAAACUUUUACAUAACACAUCCAGUACAAAGCACUUCCUACCUGUGUCAAAAUUACAUAAUUCUCACAAUGUUUAAUAGUUCAGAUUUUUUUUAAUGGGGUUCUGUGGAUAAAAGUUAUAACAGUUUUGUCUCUUGUUGUAAACAGAUUGUUUUUGAACAAUCUCAAUCUGGACUAGGACUGUUUAAUUCCGACCAGACUGACGAGCUAACGGCUAGUUUGAGCAGGGUGCGAGUGCGUUGCUGCUAUCUGAACAACUCCAUUCUCAUGUUUGUCAUAAUGGUUUAUGCAAACACUGUUUCAAAUAUUUACUUAGUUCUCAGCUUUUCAUUGCACGAUUAAUGUGUUAGAUAUAUUUUAUUCCUGCUCCAAGUUCCUCAGGCUGCACCAGAAGUGCUACAGCCAGCUGCUGCCACUCGUUGCGCUUGCAAAACCCACAAAUUAUUUAAAUAGACAAUUAAAUGUUUGCAUGGACCACUAUGAUUUUACAUCAAUCCACUUUGUUCAUUGUUUUUUUUUAAUCACUUCAGUAGAAAA